CCUUUGUAACCAAUCGUGAUCCUCCUCCAACCAGUCUCCUUCUGUCCAUACGUGGACGUUUUUUUUGUAGUUGUUACCAAUGAACGUUUAAAAAUCGGCCCUUAAAUUUAUUAUUUUUUCCUCCCCUCGUCAAUAUGCAUUCGUUUUUGAGCAGAGGAAAUGCAAUUUUGGCCUACACUUUGAGCCUUUUGGCCUGUUUGACAUUUUUGUGCUUUCUUUCUACCCUGUUUGUAGAUUACCGGACUGGUUCCUCGAUAAACACAGUCAAAGUCGUAGUGAAAAAUGUACCAGACUACAGUGCAUCACGGGAAAAAUGUGAUUUAGGAUUUAUAACAUUCGACCUCCAAGCAAAUUUGACAAAUCUGUUCAAUUGGAAUGUCAAACAGUUGUUUUUGUACUUAACGGCUGAGUACUCAACACCCAACAACGUCUUAAAUCAAAUCAUUUUGUGGGAUAAAAUAAUUCUCCGAGGGGACAAUGCUGUAUUAGAUUUCAAAAAUAUGAACACCAAGUAUUAUUUCUGGGACGAUGGCAAUGGUCUAAGGGGGAAUCAGAAUGUAUCACUAUCCUUAUCUUGGAAUAUCAUCCCCAAUGCUGGACUUCUGCCAAGCAUAGUUGCACAUGGACAGCAUACAUUCCACUUUCCGACUGAAUACACUGUUUCGAGACUUUAAUAAAUAAAUGUGUAAUCAAUAUAAAAUGAUUUGUGAUUUUUCCUUUUUUUAUAGAAAAGUUUUAUUAUUAUAAUGCUUUGAAUAUUUUCUACGCAUAAUAGAAAACUGGGGGCAGGAUUAUAAAGAAGCAAAAUAUUGUGAACAACAAUCGUUACACAUAACUAAUUGUUUAUAAACAGACAUGUAUCUUUCUUCAUUGUACAUUGAAAAAUUAAACUGUGCUAACAAAAGUGAUUAUUAUUUAUAGUGGUACAGCCAAUUGAAAAUUAGUGAAAUUAAUUAAAAUCACAUUGGGAAAUAAAUUUAAAAAGUAGGUUUACAAUUGGUGGUCACUCUUCAAUUGUGCAUAUUUUGUAUUUAAUAUGGCAAAAGUGUGUUAUUGGAAAUUCUGCUCCAAGCUUGAAUGAAAUAUUCAAUGAUGUACAUAAAUUGUACAUUACAAGUGUAUCAUAAGAGUAGUUUUACUCUGUAUUGCCUUAAAACUGUGAACUAAAGACAAAAUAUCAUGUGCGGGUGAACACAACUUUUGGAAAUAUAUAGAUAUUAUUAUUUUUUCUUAAAUGUUACUUUAUUCAGUGAUAGAUUACAAAUUACAUUUAGCCUGUAAAUACUGUGAUGUUACUUCAGUGUUUGAAACUUAGAGUAAACAUUCAAUUUUUAUA